AUGGAUAAUUUUGUAGGUGCUUGGUGGAGGCAAAAGGUCGGCACGCUGGUCGGGGCCUGGAAGUGCUGCUUGCCUUGGUGCGGCGCGCCCGAAGGCAAGCCGGCCGGCCCUGACCUAUCGCCACCGGCGUCCGGGACGCCGCCGUCGCCGCCGUCGCGAGCCGCCUCAGUCGCGGCCGCCGCCGCCGCCGCCGCAGCCGUCGAGCUGCCCGACAUCGAGGAGGAGGAAGCGAUCCUGGAGGACGAGGAUGAGGGACAGAGCACGCUCCAGCCGCUCGGAGGGAGACUGACGGCGAAACGGUCGAAUGUACAAUCGACGUCGCCGACCUUCUCGAUUUUGAGCAUCGGCCGAAAGGGCCAAAGGGCCCGACAACAACAACAACAACAACAACAACAAGCCGAAGGGCAGUCCUCUUGCAGGAUGCAGGCCGAACAAGGGACGAUCGCCGAUUUGCAGAAACACCACAACCGGUACCUCAGGAACAGGAGACACACGCUCGCCAAUGUCCGGUAA